AUGAGGAGAAACGGCCCACCCCAGUCAGGACCUUCUUCGUCUUCCAUUCUAUACAUAGGACUGAUUCCAUUUGAGUGGGACGAGGAAAAUCUCAAAUCUGUGGUAUGUGGCACUGGCAAUGUCCUAGAUGUGAGACUUGGGUUUGACCAUGUGGGUAAAAACAAGGGUUACGCUUUUGUAGAAUUCGAAACGCCACAACAAGCCUACCAAGCGAAGAAUCUUUUGUCGCAAGUCCAGAUCUUGCAUCCAGGGUCGAAAACACCCAAACGCCUUAGAAUCGAACUGUCGAAAGAAGGUUUCCGAACAGGCAACAAUGAAAACAAGCGCGUUAUCCCCUUCAACAUGGCCCACUUGCCACCUAGUGUACAGCUUCCUCAGGAAGUGAUUGCCAAGUUCCCACAAUUGCAACAACUGAGCCGCCCUCCACUGCAAUACCCGAUGUACCUACCUAAUAAUGGUGGGGGUUUUGAAGCCCCAAUGCCACAGCCACCAGCUCAGCAGGCCAACUGGGCAGCUCCAGUUAUUCCUGAACGCUAUUCUGCCGCUACGAAAAUGUUGCCACAUGUGGCGCAACUCCCGUUUGCAACACCAGACAAAAUCAAUCAAACUCUAAGCCAAAUUCCCCCUACGCAGCUCAUUGAAUUGAUUGCAAACCUCAAGAACAUAUUGAGCGGACCAGGAGCUCUGCGUGCGCCGGAUGUUUUUCAAAUUUCGCCAGCCUUGGCUACGACUGCUGCUCAAGCUCUUUUACUUAUGGGUCUUAUAGAUGAGGAAGUGAUUCAAGAGGCGAUGAAAGCAGGCACUCAGCCACCACCACAAAACGUGGGUGGGUAUAAUAAAGGUUAUAGUCAAUCGCCUCCGCCCGCCGCUACGCAAAGCAAGUGGCCUCAUCUUCCGCUUUCGACGCAAAUGAAGCUAGGCAAUUUGCCUCCUGAUCAAGCAGAGUUAAUUGCUCAAGUUCUUUCGUUACCAGCAGAUCAGAUCAAUUCAUUGCCUCCAGACAGACAGCAGAUGGUUGCCAGCAUACGCCAACAAUACUUAUAA